CACAUCAGGAGAAACACGUUUUUUAGGAAUGCUUCCAGGAUGGCUCCUUGGUGAGUUACACUGGGCAAGUUUCAAUGGAAAGAGGUGCUGCUGCUGAUGCUGAUGCUGAUCUAAGACAUGGCCUAGGAACUCUGCUAUUCAGAGGAGCUGAAGGAGGAUUCUGGGGAGAAGGAAGUCUUGGCCUCACUGCGGUCGCUGCAUCUGACCUUAGUGAACACGUUGAAGCGAUGGAUGAAUGUACUCAGAUUAUAUUUGCCUUCUCAUACAAUGUCUUGGAGAGCUUGUUGAUCACAGUGCUCAUGGCCUCUAUGAAGGCCCUGUCAAUCACCGGCUCCUGUAACGUCAGCAGAUAAUGGAGCAUGCCUGUUCCGCAAAACUGCUUGGCCAGGAUCUUUAUGACCUCUUUGCUGCUGCUCCUCAGGUUCUGUCUGUUUGGACAGAAUCCACCGGUGAGGCUGAUUCCUACCAUGGUCUGGUUCACCAGGAGCUUGGUGUGAGUGUCCCAGUCCACUGGACAGACGACUUUGAAGGCGUCACAUUUCGUCAGCACUCGGACCGUCAGCAGGAUGACGAACAACCUGAGGUCAUUGUUGCUGUCAUCCUGCAAUGGGAGCUGUUUUUUCGCCAGCUCUGACGGAACUCUGUGUUGCAAUUUAGCAACCAUGCCAUCCAUGCUGUUACCCUUCGGGACGAUUGACAAUCAGUUUGGUCCUGCAGCGUGGUGGAGAGCUGCUGUCAUUUCUUAAAGCUCUCUCUGAAACCUUGGCCCCGUUUCUUCUUGUGCCUCAUUAUAUCACGAAUGCAGCUUUUAUGUGUGAUGUCAUCAGCAUUUGCAAUAUUUCAAAGUUGUUUUUCUCUGUUGGACAUCUGUAUAAAAGCCAACUGUAGGCUUGAUGUACUGUUUUUUUGAGUGAGACUUCCCAAUUCUAGAAAAGGAAGAUGUUACAUACAGUUUGUAAAUUGACCUGAAUGAAUGACUACUAGUCCUCUUCAUGAAAGUACCAAUAAAACUGGAUGGUAGUUAAGUCCCCCAGUUUUAUUUAAGACAUCCGGUUCACAUGCAGUUGAUGCUCUAAGUUACAAAAUGAAAAAUAUUAGUUAGUUAUUUCCACAGUUACUGCUCCCUGAAGUACUUUACAAUAACCUUAAAAAAAGCAGGAACCAGAAUAAAGUGGACAUCUAAACAGUAAAAUACUGACAAUAAACCCAGAAAAUACUCAAGAUUUUUAUACUCGAAGAUGCAGUAUAAUAAUAUUAAUAAUAUCAGUGCUUGAUUUGUGUUCAAACUAGGGCUUGGACUUCAAGAAAUGCAUUUUGAUUCAUUAAUUGCAGACAAUUAAUUGAGUUAACUCAAUUGAUCAACUUCCUUUUACAACUUUUCCAGGUGCACCUCAUUGUGAAAUGUGGAAUGUCAUAACCCAGACAUCCGCGCUGAAGGAUACCAAAUGAGAUUGUGCUGAUGGAUGGAAAUUUUACACUUCAAAAACUUCAGGACGGUUUAAACCAUUUGGGAUUUUAAAUCACAUCAGAAAAACCUACAGAUAAGAACUAAUAAAAUAAAAAUAAAAUACUAAAAUAAAAUAAAAAUACUAACAUACUUUCAGUCAAUCGAUUUAUUAUCUGCUCAGCCCUUAGCAUCCUAUACAGUUGAGACACAUACUCGACAUUAUCAGACAGACACAGCCACUAGCUUGAGCCAGAAUAAAGCAACAAGAUAAAGCUGUUGUUGAUUCUGUUCAAAUCAGUCUCAACAAAGCAAUAAUAAAAUCAGCAGGAUUUAAUUGAAGAGUCAAAGCAAGUAUAAAUGAGAAAUACAUGAUGCAAGAGUAGUUGAAACUAAGUGGAUAAAAGUGAAUUCUAAGGGUGCACUCCCAUACUCUCAUCCUCCAGCUGCCAACACAAGUGGAAUCUUUCAAUCCCCUUUAAUAUUCAGGUUAAUCUGAUUAUGAAGAUUUCCUCAGCAACAGUCCAACAUCAAUGACGGCCAAGAUGGACACUCCCUUCUACCACGACGACUCCCCCAGCGUCCACAGCUUCAGCCAGUUUGCGGAAUAUGAUCGUUACCCGGGAAACAAGAUGCUAAUGAAUAAGAAGGCCAUGACGAUGGCAGGCGGCCAUCACUUCUCCGGGGGUGGUGCCAGCUCAGCAGGAGGGCGGGGGCCAAAUCUCAACAACCUGGGGCUUGUUGGUGGCAGCUCGCUGAUGACCACAUCUACACCCACGGGAACAUCCUCUAGUGACAUGAACCUGCUGAAACUGGCAUCUCCAGACCUGGAACAUUUGAUCAUCCAGUCCAACCAGGGCCUGGUUACCACCAGCCCGGUGCCUAACACCAACAACCCUUUCAUGUACCGCAGCCAAGCUACUAAUGAGCAAGAAGGUUUUGCUGACGGAUUUGUCAAAGCUCUCGCCGACCUUCACAAGCAGAACCAGCUCGUGGGAGGAUCCAUGUCGCCUUCUUCUUCUGCUAACAGCCUGCAGGCGUCCUACCAGAGGAAUCUGAUGUCUGCCAGUGACAUGCCCAUCUAUACUAACCUCAGCAGCUACAACGCCGCGCAGAUGGGCUAUCCAGGAGGCCAGAUGACGUACGGGGGAGGCUCUGCCCAUAUUGGAGGGUCUCAGAACCACAGCAGGACCCUUGAUGCUCCACAGACUGUUCCUGAAGUACCCCAUCCAGCAGGAGACCCCACAUCCCCUCCUUCUCUGUCUCCAAUUGAUCUUGAAACACAAGAACGCAUCAAAGCCGAGCGCAAAAAGCUGCGCAAUCGCAUUGCUGCAUCCAAGUGUCGAAAGCGAAAACUGGAGCGUAUCUCGCGACUGGAAGAAAAAGUCAAGGUUCUGAAGAGUCAGAACUCAGACUUGGCCUCAACUGCAGCGAUGCUGAGAGAGCAAGUUGCCACAUUGAAACAAAAAGUCAUGAGUCAUGUGACCAAUGGUUGUCAGAUUGCAGUGAGCACAGGCCACAAGUCUGGAGGAGGAAGGGGAGGGAGCAGUGGAGGGAGUGAGGAUUCCAACUGCUGAGGACUCUACAGAUCCAUGGAGGGAAAAAACAACAAGACGAUAACAAUUUGGGAAUUUAGGGUGAGCUGUCCACUGAAGCUUCAUAAACUCAGUGUGAAAGAGAGAGAGAGAGACACUCACCAAGCAGACCAAGAGGGAGCCUGAAGAGGACAAGAGGGAUCGAUCCCAGGACGAUGACAUGUGAUAACCUGCAACAGAUCAAGUGUCUGUUCAUGGAGGAAAGAGUUUGUACUGUACUUGUUCAUUAAAAGAGGAACUUGUCAUUGAAAGGUUUCUCUCGGACCCCAUGACUCACUGCUUUGAUUCAAGAACCCAAUACAUCCUCAGGUCUGAAUCAGUCGGAUUCCAGAACAACUAUCUAAAUGACAAUCAAAUUCAUGUCUGACAUCUUUUUCCAUCGCUUCUUUACAAUCGUGUUUAAAGUGCAUUAGCAUUUUCUCUCGCAAUCGUCUCUUCAUUGACAGCUGUGCAACUCCAAACUUUUCCAUCAAUUUGUAUAAAUGUCAUCCAACAGCAAAAAAGACAAACUGUUUCUUAAACGACUGUAAAGGGAAAUGGCCAGAUGUUGAAAGGCAAGGGAACAUUUUGGAAUGACAUUUCACAUACUGUAGAUCACAUGUGUUGAAUGUCUGUGAUGAUAGAUCACUAACACAGCUCCAUGAAAAACACAAAACAAGUUAGUUAAAAUUCACUCUUCUCUUCUAUUUCCUUGUUGCUUUUUUCCCCAAAGUUAAUGAAUCUUUGCAACUACAAUUAAUGCGACCCGUUAAUGAAAGAUUAAAAAAUACACUAAGUAUUAUUCUGAACGUGGGCAAAGAUAAUACCAUAUUUAAAGAUGUGUAUGUGCUGAAGAAGCCAUUGAAAGCUACAAACUUUGGCAGACAGUCCUUUUAGUACUGAAGAUGAAGUGGAGGUAUUUGCGAUUAUUUUGAAAAUGAGUUAUAUGGUACACAAAUAUGUAUAUAUAGAGUACAUAUUCUGAACAAAGAGUUGAAAGGCUGUGUUGGGUGUCCGGAUGAUUCAGUUGUAAAUACAGAGGGUCUGCCUUUAUAUUGAAAAAUGAACUUUAAACGUUAAAACCUGUAAAUAUUUUUUUAUUCUUCAUACACAACAGUGAUUUGAGCUCCAUGGGAUGGCAGCCAGACCUUUAAAGACUUUUUAAAGAACCUUUAAAGAACGGAGCAGCUUUCAAGUAUUAGUUUAAGAAGGAUUUUGAAUUUCAUGUCAGGUUGUGAAAUUGAAGGUAGAGAUAUUACCCACUAAGCACAGACACUGCUCAUAGAGAACAUUCUGUGAGUAUUAUGAGGCUGCUGUUAAAUGUUUUUAAUUAUUCAUUACUCCUCAUCAUCUAUUUAGUUUACUUUAAAAUGUUAUUGUGAAAAUGGAGCACAAAAAAAUGUUGAUAUCUGUUGUGACAACAAAAUCUCUGUGCCUCUGUGGCUCAGCAGGCGUGAACAGAUAUAUGGAUGAUUUAAGCAGCAGAACACAGAUCAAACACAGCUGCAAGCUUUCUGAACACAAUGUGAGUGCAAAUGUAGAUCUAAACAAGUGCACUGAAUCUGGAUCUGGGAAAAAAAGAAACGAAACAAAAAUUUAGCAUAGCCCUCUUGACUGAUCUGUUGCAGUGCAAUAUGGGACCCAGUGGUAUGACUGGGAGGUGGGCUUUAACUGGCAGGGCCAUUUAUACAUAGUUAUAUUGAGGUCCUAUGGCCGCUGACCUCAAGUCUCACAGUUCUGAUUGACAGGAUCUUCACCCUUCAGAUGUGUUUUUAUCCAUUUGCAAAACUAGCUUCAAAAGUAUUACUGCUAUGUUGAGAAAAUGACUGUCCAGAGCCGUUCUUUUUUUUUAAGCAGCUCUUCUUGGUCCUAAGCUUUUCUGGACAUUGUCAUUGGGAGCUCUGCAGUUCCCAGCCAGAGGAAAGAUCAUGCAUCCCAAACCGUUCCUGACUGUUGCCAUAGGAACACUACACAGAUAAUAAUGAAUUUGUCUUCAUCUUUGAGUAUCUUUUGUGACGUCUUGUGUCUCUGAUGAGUUUUUUUUGUACAAAUCUAUAAAAAAUGUUUAACACUGUUCUGGUGUGUGAACGCAAUAUUUGUAUUUAUUUUGUUAUUCCAGAUGUGUCGUAUUUCUUUGCACUGUUCUGUUGUGUUAAUAUAUUGGAGUUUAAUAAUAUCAUUGAUGAUGAACACACCUGCUGCCACUGGUUUCGUUUGUGUCUAUUCACAGUUGUGAUCCUCCAUCGUUACUGCAGUGACUCAGAUGUUAGCACAGAUGUU